AUGGCUCCGACACCGAGUGGCAGGAAUGUCCACGACCUCGAACGUCUGUCCGCGGUGAGCAUCACCAAAGACUCCGACCAAAGCGGGUACACUGGUAUGAAGACUCCUGAUGCUGUCCCAGAACUCCUUGAAGACGGCGCGCUGCGCCCAGGUGGCAUGCCCGUGCUGACCAGCAAGAAGCACAUCGGCCUGCUGUUCCAGUAUGCGGCAGUUGGCAUCGUCUACGGCAUGCUUCCGGAGACCAUCUACCCGUUCAUGCAGGAGUACCUCAACUGCAGCGGUGCGCAGGUUGCUGCCGCCAAGGAACUGGUGGUGCUGCCCUGGAGUUUCAAGGUUUUCUUCGGUAUCCUGUCCGACUGCUUGCCCAUCCGUGGCUACCGCCGUCGCCCAUACAUGAUGAUCGGAUGGACAGUUUGCAUAUUGAUGCUGCUGAUCAUGGCUAUUAUGCCUAUUGGCAAGCCGUACUACACCGUUGCAUCGGACCGCGACGUCGAUACGUCGGACUACACCCCGGAGAUCGAAGCUCGCAUCAACUACGACGCUCCAAGCGAGGGUGCCAAGUACAUCGUCAUCAUGUUCUUCGCCGCGGUGGGUUACGUGCUCUCCGACGUGUGCUCCGACAGUAUCGUGUGCGAGUUGGCUCAGCAGGAACCACUGGCGAAGCGUGGCAAGACCCAGUCGGCUAUUUACACUGUGCGAACGGUGCUUGUCAUUUUUGGCGAGCUUUUGGUUGGUUUCUGCUUCAACGGUGAAGACUACGGCGGCGACUUCGACUUCUCGCUAAGCUUCCCGCAGCUCAUGAUCAUCAUGACAGUGCUCACAGGGGAGUUAGCCGUCACACUGAAUGAUGUCCUGGGUCACGUCUGCUUUAUGAUCGGUAUCAUGGUCACCUCCAAGUACGGACUGCACUGGAACUGGCGCGGCAUGAUUGUCUUCACUGGUAUCGUUGUCAUCAUCGUUGACUGUGCAGUGGCUCUCAUUACAGUCUGGGAUGUCUUCCGUCACCAGUGGUUCUGGCUCGGCCCCCCUAUCGCUGUGCAAAUUCCAAGCGGCGUCGCUUGGAUCAUCGCACUGUUUGUGACUGUCGAGAUUGCUGGAGUCGGUAACGAAGGCGCUGUGUACGGGUUGGUCACCACGGUCGGCAACUUGGCCACGCCGUUCGCUACGACCAUCACACUUCUCAUUGACGGCCCACCGACGACCACUCCGUUCGCGUGCAUCACGUACACGAUCAUCAUUUCGUACGCGAUGACCAUCUUCUCGUGGGUGUUUCUGUUCCUGUUGCCGCGUCAGAAGGAGGAGACACAGGAGCUUGCUCGCACUGGCGGCUCCAACAAGAUUUUGGGCGGCAUUACGAUAUUCUACCUGGCCUUUUCGCUCGUCUGGUCCAUUACGGUGAACACACUCGCCGUUUUUGAUAGCACUUCGUGUCUGGUGAUCGAACUGGCUGCUAAACUGCCGUGUAAGUAA